CCUAUCAGUCUCUCCACUGUAUCUCACUCUGAAGCGCUGCUGUUAACCUGCGCGGGCGGAAAACACACACGCACUGCGUGUUGGAAAUUAAAUACCGGCCACACUUUCACUUUUUUCGUUGAAGACACAACCGAAACUUCGUCGGGCAUGUUGGGAAAUGACUGUAAGGCUAAGACAGUUAGGAAGUGUCGCUGUGAGUCGGAGUUAGCAUGUUAGCUGGUUUGACUGACGCUUCUUCUUCUUCUUCUUUUAGUAGCUGACAGCGUUAAAGUUAGUCUUAUUGCGUGUUUUGUUUGUUCGUGCCACCAGUCACGUAGUUUGAUUGUUUGGGGGUUUUUUUUUUCGUUUGCGUAAUUUUUUCACUAACGUACAGUUUGGCCUGUUAACAUUUUUGGUGAGUUUCAGCUGUGAGAUUUGCAGCGCACAACGUUAAAUGUCAAGAGUCUGCUAGUGAGGGACUGACUAGCUGCCAUAUCGGUUCAGCAGCUCGGCUAACGGAGAACUUCAGAUGUUACGAAAGUGGGAAAGACGAACAUAUUUGUACUACGACAAACCGACGUUAUGGAUUAAGUCUGGGAUUCGGGGUUAAAGUUGCGCUGGUCAGCAGGCUAACCUUGCUAGCUAGCUUAGCGACAGCAAACCACCAAGUGAAUGUAGCCCCUUGACUCACACCCACGUGUGUGUGUCUGUAAAGGACAUGGCUUCUUGCCCUCCAGCACACCAGAAUGGUGAUGUUCAUCGGCAAGAAAGAGUGCCAAAGCCAUCCGUCACUGCUUUGACGCUUCAUCUGUACUGCAGCAGCCAGGGUGAAGAGGACUGCAGUCCGAUCUGUUACCCACCAGGAGAGUACAUUGCUGAACAGCUGGCCAUCGAAGCAGCCAAGGAGUGUGGUGUGUCACCAGUUUACUUCAGUCUAUUCAGUCUUUAUAGAGAACGUGACCGAGUCUGGUUAUCACCCAACCACCUUCUUCACUUAGAUGAAUCAACUAAAGAGAGUUUGAUCUUCAGAAUUAGGUAUUACUUUCCUGGAUGGUAUAGCUGUGGAGCCUCUCGAGCUUACAGAUUUGGCGUUGCCAAGGGAUCUGAGAGUCCAAUCCUUGACGACCAUGUUAUGGCUUAUCUUUUUGCCCAGUGGAGGAGUGACUUUGUGAAUGGCUGGGUGAAGCUGUCCACUACCCAUGAGACCCAAGAAGAGUGCCUUGGUAUGGCUGUCUUAGAUAUGAUGAGGAUAGCCAAGGAAAAGCAGUGCUCACCGCUUGAUAUUUACAAUGCCAUAAGCUACAAGUCCUUCUUACCAAAAGACAUGCGGAUGAAGAUCCAGGACUACCACAUUGUAACACGCAAGCGGAUCCGCUACCGCUUUAGGAAGGUUGUGCAGCAGUUCAGUCAGUGCCGGGCCACACCACGUGAUCUCAAGCUCAAAUACCUGAUCAACCUAGAGGCACUUGAUCCUGGCUUCUACACAGAACGCUUCCAGGUCAAAGAGGCCUCAGCAGGCCAGGUCACUAUAAUCGUCUCUGCCGAUCAAGGCAUUCAGUGGUGCCGUGAGAAGCAAAUGGACAUCCAGCUAGAGGACAUAGAGGCAAAGCAGCAUGGUUUCUUAUUCACCCUCAGUGACCCUGAACUUCUUAUGCAGGACCUGCAGCCGUAUUGUGAUUUCCCUCAUGUGAUUGAUAUUGGUGUCAGACAAGCCAGCAAGGAGGGUAAGAGCCGGGUCGUCUCCAUCAACAAGCAAGAUGGCAAAACUCUGGAGCUGGAGUUCUCCUCCCUUGCAGAGGCUCUGUCAUUUGUAUCUUUGAUAGAUGGCUACUACAGGCUGACCACCGAUGCACAUCACUACCUCUGUAAAGAUGUUGCACCACCUCGAUUACUGGAGACUAUUGAAAACUACUGCCAUGGGCCAAUAUCUAGAAUGGAGUUUGCCAUCAGUAAACUGCGCAAGGCCGGAAACCAGCGAGGUCUUUUUGUGCUACGCUGCAGCCCCAAAGAUUAUAACAAAUACUUCCUGACAUUUGCUAUCGGGAUGUUUACUGAGGUGGAAUACAAGCAUUGCCUGAUUAGUAGGUCAGACGCUGGUAAUUAUGUUCUGAGUGGAACUAAGAGGACCUUCAGAAGCAUGGAGGAGCUGCUCAAAUGUUACCAAAAAGAGACCGUAAGAUCAGAUGGCAUUGCCUUUCAGUUCAGCAAGUGCUGUCCUCCAAAGGCCAAAGAAAAGACAAAUCUUCUGGUUUGUCGGUGUAACAAAGGCUCAGAGGUUCUCCCCUCUCCCUCGCUGCAUAGACAGACCAUCAGUCAGAUGGUUUUCCACAAAAUCAGGAAAGAGGACCUUGAGUUUGGAGAGAACCAAGGCCAGGGAACAUUUACGAAAAUCUUUAAGGGAGUUCGGAAAGAGAUGGGAGACUACGGAGAAAUGCAUGAGACAGACGUCAUCAUCAAAGUCCUUGACAAAGCGCACAGAAAAUAUUCAGAGUCCUUUUUUGAGGCAGCCAGUAUGAUGAGCCAGCUCUCCCACAAGCAUCUGACAUUCACCUAUGGCAUCUGUGUGUGUGGCGAGGAGAACAUUAUGGUGCAGGAAUAUGUGAAGUUUGGCUCCUUGGACAUCUACUUGAAAAAAAACAAAAACAGCAUCAGUAUUUUGUGGAAGCUGGAGGUGGCUAAGCAGCUUGCUUGGGCUAUGCACUUUCUGGAGGAGAAGAACCUAGCUCAUGGGAACGUGUGUGCGAAAAAUGUCCUUCUAAUCCGUGAGGAGGACAGGAAGACGGGCAACCCUCCCUUUAUUAAACUCAGUGACCCAGGCAUCAGCAUCACAGUUCUGCCCAGAGAGAUUUUAUUGGAGAGAAUCCCGUGGGUUGCUCCUGAAUGUAUUGUAGACCCAAAGAAUGUAAGCCUUGCUACAGAUAAGUGGAGCUUUGGCACAACUCUCUGGGAGAUUUGCAGCGGAGGAGAGAAGCCGCUUGCCAACAUGGACAGCUCCAAGAAACAUUUGUUCUAUGAGAAGCACCAACAUCUGCCUGUCCCCAAGUGGACCGAACUGGCCAACCUGAUUAAUAGCUGCAUGAACUAUGAGCCAGCAUUCAGGUCAUCGUUCAGAGCGAUUAUUCGUGACCUCAACUGUCUCUCUUGCCCAGACUAUGAAACUGUGAUGAUGGAGAGUGACUUGGUGCCUGUUAGAACCGGAGGCCUUGUGCUUGUCACAGGAACGUUUGAGGACCAGGAGCCAGUGCAGUUUGAGGAAAGGCAUCUGAUAUUCUUACAGCAACUUGGCAAGGGCAACUUUGGCAGUGUAGAGAUGUGUCGAUAUGACCCCCUGCAAGACGGUACAGGCGAGGUGGUGGCAGUGAAAAAGCUACAGCACAGCACAACUGAACACCUGCGUGACUUUGAGCGGGAGAUUGAGAUCCUUAAAUCUCUUCAGCACGAGAACAUUGUGAAGUACAAAGGAGUGUGCUAUGGUGCAGGUCGGCGAAAUCUCCGGCUUGUGAUGGAGUAUCUCCCGUUUGGAAGCCUGAGAGAUUAUCUCAGCAAGAAUCGAGUCAGGAUUGACCACAAGAAGCUUGUACAUUAUGCCUCUCAAAUAUGCAAGGGUAUGGAGUACCUUGCAAACAAACGGUACAUUCAUCGAGAUCUGGCCACUAGAAACAUCUUGGUGGAGAGUGAGUCUCAGGUAAAAAUCGGUGACUUUGGCUUGACCAAGGUUUUACCUCAGGACAAAGAAUACUACAAGGUCAAAGAGCCAGGAGAAAGUCCAAUAUUCUGGUAUGCCCCUGAAUCCUUAACAGAUAGCAGGUUCUCUGUAGCAUCAGAUGUCUGGAGUUAUGGCGUUGUUCUGUAUGAACUCUUCACACACAGUGACAAGCUCUGUAGCCCCCCAACGGUGUUUAUGAGUAUGAUGGGAGGAGACAAACCUGGCCAGACUAUAGUGUAUCAUCUCAUUGAACUGCUGAAACAAGGGAACCGCUUACCUCAGCCAGUGGGCUGCCCCUCUGAGAUGUAUGAGAUAAUGCAGGAAUGUUGGGAUAAUGAUGCAACCUUACGUCCAGCCUUCAAGGAGCUCGCUCUGCGCAUCGACUUGUUUCGAGACAGCAGUGAUUCGGACCUAUACACCCAAGUGCCUCCAUUUUGAGAGAGAAACACUUUGCUUUGUUCUAGUAACUGCCUUAAUCAGGACCUUCUUCAGUCCUCUCCUUGCUUUUCUUGGCAGACCUGAUUUAAGGACAUUGAACUUCUACCAGCCUUUAAGCAACUAUGUUUUAGUUUGCUUAUCUCUCCCUUAACACCCCUUUGCUAGCAGUGCUAGCAUAUUUCUUUACUCUGAAGAACUGUGAAAGGAAGAAUGCACAUGCAAUUGUGUUCUUUUUUUAUAUGUGUUUUUAUGUACAUAAAUAAAAAAGAUUUUAUAAUUUUAUAAAAAUGAAAGAUGAUGCAAUUCUGGCUAUAUUUGGACUGUUAAAAAAACAGUUAAAUAUAAAUGAAGAGAGAGAUAUAAUGUUUAUAGCUUAUCAUCAUGUAGGUGGUGUCUAAUUAAAAUCAUAUAUUAAA